AUGUCCACGUUCCUGCCUUUCGCUACCACACAAUUCGUCACUAGGAACGGCCAGCAACUCUCUUUGGAUGGCAAGUCUUUCUCCUUUGCCGGGGCUAAUUUCUGGCACAUUGGCAUGCAGACCAACGACUUUGCAGAUCAGGUCCUUCAAGCAGCAAAGAGCAAACGAAUUGCAGUACUGAGAGUAGCUGCCUGGAACGAGAAAGAUGUCACCCAUGGAAAAGAUCCCGGCGGCAACUGGUUCCAAGAAUGGACUAACGGCAAGCCAAUAAUCAACGAUGGCCCCAAUGGCCUUCAGGUCCUGGAUCACACUGUACAGCAAGCUGAAGCUGCAGGCAUCAAGUUUAUUAUGAUGCUUACAAACAACUGGCUCGAUUAUGGCGGCAUGGACACUUACACACACAAUCUCCUUAGCGACCAAGAGUCUCACACAAGUUUCUUCACCAACCCCACCGUAAUCGACGCCUUCAAAACCUAUAUCCGCGCCGUCGUCACCCGCUAUGCCUCCAGCCCCGCCAUCCUAGCCUGGGAACUUGCGAACGAAGCGCGCUGCCAAGAGUCGAAUUGCAACAAAGGACAAGUACUAACAGACUGGGCGGAUCAAAUCUCCUCUUUCAUCAAGACCCUUGACCCUAAUCAUCUAGUGACAUUCGGUGGGUAUGGAUACCUUAGCGAUGGCCCUUGCUGCGAUUUCCAGUACGACGGCGACAGUGGCGAGGAUCACUCCGCCAUCCUCAAGCUACCAAGUAUCGAUUUCGGGACCGUUCAUCAUUAUACGCAGGAUGAUACAUACCCGGGUUUGCAAUAUGGUAUGGAUUGGUUCAAGGCACAUAAUCAAGCUUCCGUUGCGGCCAACAAGCCGAUGAUUGUAGAGGAGUUGGGUGUGAACAGGGGAAAGCUGGAUAUUAGUGGGGAUGAUAUUAUGAGGCAGUAUGAGGAGUAUCUGAGUGAUCCGGGCCAGGCGGGUGCCGUACAAGGGGUUGUGUUGUGGAGUGCGGAUGUCAUGGGAGGGGAAUGCCCGAUGCAGGGGGAUCCGUAUGCUAUUUGCACUGCAGAUGGAAGCUAUGAGGGGUUGGUUAGAGACUUUGGGUUGAAGAUGGCCGGGAAAGCUGGAGCUGGAGGCCCGAAAAUGUUGUCGAAGAGGGCACAAAAGGCCUUGAUUACUUAUGGUGAGCACCUUCUACUGAGCCUCUUUGGUUUCAUGGCUUGGUACGUUUCGAACGGCCAUUCAAGGUUUCUGGAUUGUGGCGCACCGAUCCUUCGGCGCGUAGCAACCUCCAUUGAUUGA